GCGUCGCUCGCUUAUCUACGUACUUUGUACUUAAUACUGUCAUACGUGCCUUCGUUUUAUGCCUACUACUAUUAUUAAUAACGCUUAAUAGUAAUUUACCUAGUGAUUACGUUUUAUAUCGAAUUCGCCGUAAAAUGCUAUGUAAUAUAUGUAAUGACGAUGUUUUUGAUGAAGAUGAAAUAAAAUGCUCAUCCUGUAAUGGCUUUCACCAUUUUGGUUGUGUUGCGCUAAGGGAAACGGCUUUUAGAAAAAUGUCUAAAAGUGCAAAAAAAAAUUGGUGCUGUAUCAAAUGUAAAAACGCCGUUAAUAAUUCUAUUUCGGAAACGCCUAUAAUUACUCGUGCGGAUAUUAAAGUGGAUCAAUUGCUAACAAAUGAAUCUUUCAAAAAUCUCGUUGACUCGGUAAAUUUCAUGAGCGACAAGUUUGAUACAUUUGGUAGUCAAAUACAAGAACUUGUGAUAUCAAUUAACACUAUGAGGGAAGAAAAUAGAAUAUUAAAGGAGCAAAAUAAUAAUCUGCGUAAUGAUAUUAAUUUUUUGCAAAAAAGAAUGAAUAAUUUAGAACAAAAAACUCUCGAUAACUUUGUGGAAAUUAUUGGUGUUCCUGAAAUAAGUAAUGAAAAUUGUAAGAAAACAGUGGAAAAAAUUGCUACAUCUCUAAAAUUGAAAAUCGAAGUUGUAAAUGCGUUUCGUGUUCACUCAAAAAUCAAGACACGGCCAAGUAAAAUUGUUGCGGAGUUAACUAUGAAACAAAACAAAAAAGAAAUGAUUGAACUAUCCAGGAAAACGAAGUUAACAGGUAGUAAUGUUGAUGCUGACUGGAAAAAUAAUGCUAUUUAUGUAAAUGAUAACCUAACUCAAUUUAACAGAAACUUAUUCUUUAAAACUAAAACAUUUGCUCGUGAAUCGGGAUAUAGAUAUGUUUGGUUUAAAGAUACAAAGCUAUUUAUAAAAAAAAAUGAUAACUCGAAAGCAUUUCUAGUAGACAGUGAACUGUCUCUAACAAAAUUAACUUAAUUUGCUCUACCUAAUA